ACAGAGGAUGUGUGUGUGUGUGUGUGUGUGUGUGUGUUUGUGUGUGUGUGUGUGUGUGUGUGUGUGUGUGUGUGUGAGUGUGAGAGAGAGAGAGAGAGAGAGAGAGAGAGAGAGAGAGAGGGAGAGAGAGAGAGAGAGAGAGAGAGAAAGAAUGUGAGUCAGAUGGGAGGGAAGAGGAGAGAUGAUGUCAAAGCAGCUGAGUUCAGAGAGUAAACAGAACUUGAGACUGCAGCAUGUGUUUAUCUAGAGUGCUUCAGGGGUGCAGCCUGCGGGCAUGCGGCAUUCUCUCCUCGAACUACAGCUGUCUGCCCGGCAUCACCCUCUUCAUUAUCCUCCUGCUGGCUCAAGGGACAGCCUGGCCAUAUGAUUACAGGUUCUUGUAUAACUACUGUCCGGGGCCAGAGUGGAGCAUAAUGUGCAGGGGAUGCUGUGAAUAUGAGGUCAUCCACUGUAAAUGUCCUCUUCAAGGGACCCCGGUUGGUUAUGCAGUGCCAUGCUGCCGUAACAUCAUAAAUGAAUGUGAUCCCUGCAUAAUACACCCUGGCUGCAGCAUAUUUGAAAACUGCAAGCGCUGUAACAAUGGCACCUGGGGCCCAAGGGAUGACUUUUUUGUGAAAGGGCAGUACUGUGCAGAGUGCCGGCCAGGAUGGUCUGGUGGGGAUUGUUUAACAUGUGGAGGGGUGAUUCAUAGGAGGCAGGGUCACCUGGUGCUAGAGAGUUACCCAACUAACGCCCGCUGUGAAUGGACACUGAGAGUGGACCAGCCAUUUACCAUUGAUCUAAGGUUUCUGAUGCUGAGCGUGGAGUUUGAUUACAGCUGUCAGUAUGACUAUGUGGAAGUAAGGGAUGGAGACAGCUUGAACUCGCGUGUAAUUGGUCGCUACUGUGGAAAUGAGAUACCUCCUCCAAUUAAAAGCACUGGCGAUUCUCUCCACAUUCUGUUUGUCUCUGAUGGUUACAAGAAUUUUGAUGGGUUUUUUGUCACCUUUCAGGAGAGCUCAGCAUGCAUAUCCUCUCCAUGUUUUCAUGAUGGCACCUGCAUCGCAGAGUCCUCACACUCUUUUUAUUGCACCUGUCUGGCUGGAUAUACUGGCAAAAGAUGUGAACAUGUGCUUGAGUGCAGAAGGCCAUUGAGUCCGGCCCAUGGGACAACAAAGCAUCUCGAUGUAAGGGUUGGAGGUCAUGCUAUGUUCAGCUGUGACUCUGGAUACACAUUACAGGGCUUUCAGGUGGCCAGCUGCCUGUUGGAUGGCUCAUGGAGUACACCGACUCCACAGUGUGUGUCUGACCAAAACUGUGGGAUUCCUCCAAAGCCAGAGAAUGGUGAUAAUUUCCUUGUUUAUGGACCAAAUGAUGUACUCAUCGCUGUCCAGUUUUACUGCUAUAAACCAUACAAACUAAAUGGAACUCAUCAGAGAAUCUGCCUGAGCAACAACACUUGGAGUGGGAUGGCACCUACCUGUGUGAAAGAGCUGGACAGUAAUCCGGCAUCAGAUAAACAAAACUCAAGCAAACCCACUGGAGAAGCAGAAAAGAAGUUACAACUACAAAAAGAAGACAAAGAAAUUAAACUACAAAAACCUACCUCUGGAAAGGAUAAGGUUGGACAAGAUGUAGAUUUGGACAUUAGGAAGGAAGUUGAAAAAGAAAAAUCUAAGGACAAAGAAGCAAAUAAAGAUACUGAUAGCAGCAUUAAUACAAUUAUUAAGAAGGAAACAGAAAAACACAAGGAUAACAUGAAACCCACUGAUAACCUAGAUAGCACAGAGAAAGUUGCAAAAAGUCCAACAAAAGGUUUGGAAAUAGACUUUGUAGAUAUUGUGUUGAUUGAUAGUAAGAGGGCCAAUCAGACAGGAAAAAAUAAAACAAAAGACCAAAAAAUAACUGAUGGUCCCCGAUACACAAUAUUAAGUUUUACUGAAGAUGAUAAAGAAAACAUUUUUUAUAAAGUAGAUACUAUAGGCACAGAAAAGAACACAGAAUCUGUUGAUAGCAAUGACAUAGAAAAAAGUCUGGAGACAACAGCCCAACAAGGAACACAAGAAAUGCAGACAGCUACUGUUGGCAAUAACAGAACGGAAAUAAUAUCAACAGUGAUCAAAGAACCUGAAAAAGUGUCAAAUAUUGGCAAAAAAACAGAAACGUUAAAAGUUAAUACAGUAAUUGAAAGGAUAACAAAAGAAGUCCCACCACAGGAAAGGAAAAAUGAAUCUCAACCAUAUGCAAUGACUGAAGGUGAAUUUGGGCAGACUGCUGGAACAGAGAACCUCGUAAUCACAGAGGAUAAAGGAGGACAUUGUCCUCCUUUGGCACCGUUGUAUAAUGGUUACUAUGAGUUGGUAACAGGCCAACUUCCUGAAACAGUCGAGUUUUUCUGCAACCACACUUAUGCUCUGAGCGGCAGUGCACGGAGGAUGUGUCAGCCUAAUGGUACCUGGACUGGAACCCAGCCCAUCUGUCUUAAAGCCUGUCGAGAGCCCAAGGUCUCUGUACUGGUCAAACAGAGAGUUCUGCCUCCACAGUUCCAAUCAAGGAAAACAGCUGUACAUAAGUUUUACUCCUCAUUUGGGAUGACCAAUUUCCUGAAUGAUGUACGGCCAACACGCAUCCCUCUCAGCCUACCCGCACUCUCACAUGGGUUUCACCAUCUCUACACACACAUUGAGUAUGAAUGCAUUUCACCAUACUACAAGCACUCUGGAAGUGCACACAGAACCUGUCUGAAGACUGGCAAGUGGAGUGGCCGUCACGUUUCCUGUUCACCAGUAUGUGGAAAGCUGACAAACUUUGACCAUCAGCACCCAGCAGAGACUAACUGGCCCUGGCUGGCUGCCAUCUAUCGUUUGCCUGCUUCAAGUAAACCAGGGAAACACUCAAGUGUGGCAGAGAUAAAGGGAAAAGAUGCUAAGCUGAUGGAGGAAGAGAUUGAUUUGGGUGAUUGGCAGCUCAUCUGCAGCGGAGCCCUGGUGAACCAGCGCAGCGUGGUAGUAGCUGCACACUGCAUCACAGAGUUGGGGAAACUAUAUCCACUUGACACAUCUGAAAUCAGAGUAGUGCUCGGCAAACAGUAUCGUAGUGAUCUGAGAAUGACCAAGGGAUUACAGCAGUUACGGGUAUCCUUUAUUACUCUGCAUCCAAACUAUGAUCCCUUGGUGCUGGAUUCAGAUGUGGCCAUAUUAAAGCUCUUGGACAAGGCUCGUAUUGGAGACUACGUGCUACCAAUCUGCCUACCAAAUGCUCAUGAGAUCACAGAAGACUCCCGACUAGGCAUAGUGACGGGUUGGUCCCUCUUAUUUGACAAGAGGGCUGGAGAUUUGGAGAAAGCCCGUGUUGGCCAUGUGACGCUGGGAGAUAUUGUUCAAUGUGAGCAGCAAUAUGCCAGUUAUGGUGUUCCAAUAAGUGUUACUGAAAACAUGCUGUGCGGGCGGCAGGGCAAAGGUUUUGAUCAGUCAAACAUUUGCCCGGCAGACACUGGAGGGAUUCUUAUUUUUCCACCCGUUUCCUCAGAUUCAAUUGUCACAUCUUACCAAGGACUGGCUUCACAAGAGUGGAAACUUCUGGGGUUGGUUAGUUUUGGAUAUGAUUCUUUAAACUGCAACCCGGAGCUUUAUACUGUGUACACUGGUAUUACAAAUUUUAUUGAAUUUAUAGAGGAGAAUAUGAAAUAGAGUGAUACACACAAAUCAAAAUAUCAAAAUGUUUCUGCUUCUUAUAAAAUUGGAUUAUAAGGUUAAUGCAUGGGAUAAUAUACACUGGACUAUCACUAUAUAUUGGGCAUGGACUCACUUCAAAACUUGUAAUUAACCAUUAUAAAGGAGAUAUAAAGAAAACUGUAGUCCUAAAGCAACAUACAUUUCUUAUUAUAUCUUAAGAUAUCUAAAUAUUUUAAAGUUAUAUCUCAAGAUGGGCACCAGUAAUGUUUUUUUCUAAGUGACUUUGAUCAAAGCUAUUUAAAUGUCCUAAUUUAAAGGACAACUAUGGUCUGAUUCACGAUUUUACAUUUCCUUUGGUGUGUAUGUGUGUAUUUGCACAUGUUAACCAUAUGCAAAAGGUACAAACCCCAAGGUAAACAAUGAUGCAAGUUAUCGUUUCCAACAUAACUCUCUUUUCUUGGACUACAACAAACACACGGAUUGUAGGCAAGUUUACUUCCUGAGCCUGUUGACAUGGACACGACAGUCAUUAUCAUAAUUCCUCCCGGUUUGACUCACAGCCUUUAAAUUAACUCCUGUCAGCAUUGCAUUGUGAGCGAAAUGUUUCCGGCUGAUGUCAGAGCUAUUCAGGCCAGUCACAAUGUACAGAUUAGCUGGCCAAUUAGAGACACAGUGCUUUUCAGAUCGAUGAGCUUUGUACAAAAUCAGAGCAUUUGAGGAAAGCAGGAUAUCUGGAGCUACAAAAAUGUACCUUAUGUAGAAAAGUUAAGAGUUUUAAGUUAAGAGCUUUGUUUACCAUAAACCAAACACAUUGUAUUAUACAAAAUACACAAAAUAAUGUUCUUUUUAGCAAAAUACACAAAAUAAUGUUGUUUUUAGCAAUGAAAUAGGUGCACUUUAACUAUGGCCUGGCUUAAUCUAAGCCUUGUCUAUGAACCAUUUGCUGACCUUAAGGUGCUCAGGUAAGUUAAGAAUUAUACAUAAAUUGUUAUAUUGUGUUAACCAUGGUCAAACAUGACUAAAUAAUGUAUUUAUUUCAUAAAUUGUCAUUAUGAUAACCUAGCUAAUAAUCAUAUAGUUUAACUGAGUUCGGAUUGUUAGCAACAGAUGAGACUGGAUAUACCGUGCAUGAUAAAUUACAUUUUUUCUGAAAUGCUAAAACACAUUUUUUAAAACCAGCACUUAUUUUCUUAUAACCUUAAACACAAAUCCAAAUUUUCAAACUAAAUUCACAAAACCCCUGACUCUUCCAGCUAAAUCUAACAAUCUCUUUAAAACCAUUUCAACUAUAGGGGUGAGUGGUGCACAAACUAACGUGGGGUUAAUUGUAACACAGCUUUUCUGUUUCAGAAUGGGAGGUAGGUUAAACCUGAGACAGUGGGGUUAGUCAAGCCUGUUUCAGAAGAAGAGGUAACUUAUACUCUGUUAACCUAACCUGGUCGGGAGCAGGUUUUAUCCUGGAAACUUUGAGUUUCUGGCAGUCUCUUUUCCAUUUUUAAAGGAGUAGCUGUGUUUAAUCUUGUUAGUUGCUUUUGUACAUUCAUUCAUUGCGCACAUUUUUAUUACUUACACUGUAAAAUAUGUUUUUAGCUGUCUUUAAAUUAUAAUCAAAUUACCAGUGCAAAUCAUUUUACCUUAGUGUUUAUAUAUUUUAUAAAUUACACUCAAAUAAAAAAUUUAACAGUAGCUAUAUUGUAAUGACUAAGCCAAAUUGAUAUAGGCCUACCUAGGUGCAGAGACCAUCUAAGUGACUAAAAUUUUAAGUGCUUUUAUAGAGGAUCCUGUUGAUGAUGAUGUUGCAUUCAUUUGUAGGAAGUUACAUUUAUGUUGCGAGAGGAUUUUGAGACCCCAAGUGUUUUUUGUCAUAACCAUUUGCAUUUAUGUGAGCGGAAUUAUUAUUUUUUUUACAGUCAUUUUAGAUAUAUAAAUAUACUUACAUGACUAAUAUCAGCCUUUGUGGCUGUGCUCUUACAUCUGAACAGUUGCCUUUACAUUUCUUAUGAACACACUCAUCAUUAUCCCUGGUCCAGUGAGUAGUAGUAGUGCUGUGCGCAGUGGUCAGUGCAGACAUACUGUCGGCGAUCUGAGUUCAAAUACCGGCUUGCCGUAUUUCUGUUUUAUUCAUGACAAACAUUUGUAUAGUAAAGUUAUUUAAGUCAACUCAGAGUUCAAUUUUUACCUCAAUGUUGGUUGAUUCUCCUUAUUGUAACGGGCCCCUGGUAUUCUUAUUGGUCAGUAUUGUGUAUUUAUUUACUUCCUGUUUUCCCCUUGUUACGUUCCAUUGGUUUAUGUUAUGGUGUUUAUGCCCUGAGGUUUCGUGUUUUGUUUGCUUGCUUGUUUAAAUAAAUUCAUUAACUGCA